ACCUCUCUGCUCGCUUCCUCCUUUGGCACCUUGGUCCGGCUGUGCCUCCAGUGGCUAGGAGCUCAGAAGAACAUGUCUGACCUUCCAGUUAUGACCAGGACCAGGACAUCUCUCCUCCUGCUGAUGGCCUUGGCUUCCUCUCUCUGCUUCAACUUGGACACGGACCAGCCAACAAUCUUCCACAUGGAUAGUGCUGGCUUUGGACACAGCGUGGUCCAGUACGCCGACUCCAGGGUGGUGGUUGGAGCCCCCCAGGAGAUAAAGGCUGCCAACCAAACAGGCGGCCUCUACCAGUGUGACUACAGCACAGGCAGGUGUGAGGCCAUCCGCCUGCAGGUCCCCCCAGAGGCUGUGAACAUGUCUCUGGGCCUGUCCCUGGCGGCUGCCACCAACCCCUCUCAGCUGCUGGCCUGUGGCCCCACCGUGCACCAUGCAUGCAGGGAGAACGUGUACUUGACUGGGUUCUGCUUCCUGAUGGCCUCCCCAUCCUGGCAGGCCCAGAGGCUCCCUGCUGCCCUGCAGGAGUGCCCGAAGCAGGAUCAUGACAUUGUGUUCCUGAUUGACGGCUCAGGCAGCAUCAACUCCAGAGAUUUUGCCAAGAUGCUGAACUUCGUGAGAGCUAUCAUGAGCCAGUUCCAGAGACCCAGCACCCAGUUCUCCCUGAUGCAGUUCGCCAGCAUAUUCCAGGUGCACUUCACCUUCGAACUCUUCAUGCACAGCUCAGACCCACUAGACCUGUUGAAUUCUGUACGCCAGCUGAGAGGGUACACUCACACAGCCUCAGCCAUCCGAGAGGUCACAAAAAAACUGUUCAGUGCCCAAAGUGGGGCCCGAAAGGAUGCCUCCAAGGUCCUCAUCGUCAUCACCGAUGGGCGGAAACAAGGCGACCCCCUGGGUUAUGAGGCUGUCAUCCCCAUGGCUGAGGCGGCGGGCAUCAUCCGCUAUGCAGUCGGGGUGGGAUCGGCUUUUCAAGGGCUACAAUCCUGGAAAGAAUUAAAUGACAUUGCGUCGAAGCCCUCCCAUGAACAUAUAUUUACCGUGGAGAACUUUGAUGCUUUGAGAGACGUUCAAAACCAAUUGAAAGAGAAGAUCUUUGCCAUUGAAGGUACACAGACCCUAAGCAGUAGUUCCUUCGAAUUGGAGAUGGCCCAGGAGGGCUUCAGUGCUGUGUUCACGCCUGAUGGGCCCGUUCUGGGGGCUGUGGGGAGCUUUGGCUGGUCUGGAGGUGCCUUCCUAUACCCCCCAAAUAUGAGCCCCACCUUCAUCUACGUGUCUCAGAACAAUGUGGACAUGAGAGACUCUUACCUGGGUUACUCCACCGAGCUGGCCCUUUGGAAGGGGGUGCAGAGCCUUGUCCUGGGGGCCCCCCGCCAUCAGCACACCGGGAUGGUUGGCAUCUUCACCCAGGUGUCCAGGCAAUGGACGCUGAAGGCUAACGUCACAGGCACCCAGAUCGGCUCCUACUUCGGGGCCUCCCUGUGCUCUGUGGAUGUGGACAGAGAUGGCAGCUCCGACCUGGUCCUCAUUGGGGCUCCCCAUUACUACGAGCCAACCCAGGGGGGCCAGGUGUCUGUGUGCUCUUUGCCCCGGGGGAGGGCUAAGUGGCAGUGUGAAGCUGUUCUCCGUGGGGAGCAGGGCCACCCCUGGGGCCGCUUUGGGGCAGCCCUGACGGUGCUGGGGGAUGCGAAUGGGGACAAGCUGACAGAUGUGGCCAUUGGGGCCCCAGGAGAGCAGGAGAACCAGGGUGCCGUCUAUCUAUUUCAUGGAACCUCAGGACCGGGCAUAAGCCCCUCCCACAGCCAGCGGAUCACAGGCUCCCAGCUCUCCCCCAGGCUUCAGUAUUUUGGGCAGUCGCUGAGCGGGGGUCAGGAUCUCACCCUGGACGGACUGGUGGACCUGGCUGUGGGGGCCCAGGGGCACGUGCUGCUGCUCAGGACUAGACCUGUGCUCAGGGUGUGGACGAACAUCCACAUCACACCUGCAGAGAUUGCCAGGUCUGUGUUUGAGUGUCAGGAGCAGAUGGCCUCUGGCCGGGAACUGGGUGUCGCCAAUGUCUGCCUUCGUAUUUAUGAAACCCCCAAGAACCGGCUGGGUGACCUCAAAAGCUCUGUGACCUUUGACCUGACCCUUGACCCUGGCCGCCUGAGUCCCCGUGCCAUCUUCGAGGAGACAAAGACCUGGAAUCUGACUCGUGUCCGAGUGCUUGGGCUGAAGCAACACUGUGAGGCUGUGAAGUUGCUCCUCCCGGCCUGUGUGGAGGACUCAGUGACUCCUAUCAUCUUGCGUCUCAAUUUCUCCCUGGUGGGCGAGCCCAUCCCUUCCUUCGGAAGCAUCCGGCCUAUACUGGCUGUGGAUGCUCAGAGAUACUUCACGGCCUCUCUCCCCUUUGAGAAGAACUGUGGAGCCGACCAUGUCUGCCAGGACGACCUUGGCAUCUCCUUUGGCUUCUCAGGCUUGAAGACCCUGAUUGUGGGGAGUAACCUGGAGCUGAACAUGGAAGUGACAGUGAGGAAUGAUGGCGAGGACUCUUAUGGAACCGCAGUCACCUUUUUCUACCCUCCAGGGCUGUCUUAUCGACGUGUGGCAGGGGUCCAGAGCCAGCUGCAGCCACACUCCCCACGCCUAACCUGUGACAGUCCCCCAUCCAGGGGCCAGGGCACUCAGAGCACUCGCUGCAGCAUCAACUACCUUGUCUUCCGCCAGGGCGCCCAGAUCACCUUCAUGGUCACCUUUGACGUCUCCUCCAAGGCCAUGCUAGGAGAUCGGCUUCUUCUGACAGCCAAUGUGAGCAGUGAUAAUAACACCCCCAGGACCAGCAAGACCACCUUCCAGCUGGAGCUCCCGGUGAAGUACGCUGUCUACACCGUGAUCAGCAGCCAUGAACAAUCGACCAAGUACCUCAACUUCUCAGCCUCAGAGGAGAAGGAAAGCAGCAGGGUCCAGCAUAGAUACCAGGUAAACAACCUGGGACAAAGGGACCUGCCUGUCAGCAUCAACUUCUUGGUGCCUGUGGAGCUGAACCGAGUGCCUGUGUGGACAGAGGUGGAGGUCUCCCACCCCCAGAACCCAUCCAUUCAGUGCCCUUGGGAGAAAAUAGCGCCCACAGAGUCUGAUUUCCUGACCCACAUUCAGAAGAAUCUUGUGCUGAACUGCUCCAUUGCUGACUGCCUGAGCUUCCGCUGUGACAUCCCCUCCUUCGGCAUCCAGGAGGAACUUGACUUCAUCCUGAAGGGCAACCUCAGCUUCGGCUGGGUCAAACAGACAUUGCAGAAGAAGCUGUUGGUCGUGAGUGUGGCUGAAAUCACAUUCGACAGAUCUGUGUAUUCCCAGCUUCCAGGACAGGAGGCAUUUUUGAGAGCCCAGAUGGGGAUGACGCUGGAGAAGUAUGAGGUCCACAACCCCAUCCCCCUCAUUGUGGGCAGCUCUGUGGGAGGACUGCUGCUUCUGGCUCUCAUUACAGCUGUACUGUACAAGGUUGGCUUCUUCAAACGUCAGUACAAGGAAAUUAUGGAGGAAGCAAAUGGACAGACUGUCCCAGAAAAUGGGACAUCAGACCCCCAAGUUGCGCAAUAAGAAACUACCUCCUAUUCUCCUUUGGAUCUACUCUCUGAGAGGUUUCCUGGCCCUCUUACUCUCACCUAAGACAAGCCUGCGGGGGAAGAAAUGUUCCAUUAAAGGAGGCUGGGAUCAGGCUGCUUUCUCCCUUUGGGAGGAUUCAGCAUGUUUGCAUAAAGUGUCUUGCCUGGGAAAGGCCAUUUGUCUUGUAAAGUCUCCAGUUGGAAACCCUAGGACAGGAUCCCUGCUAUGCCUCCUGGA